AUGAGAUGCGGCUUUGGAAGUCUCAGAAACGUGAGAGGCUUUUGUAAGGAUAAGCAGGGACUUCCACAUGGCGCAGUGCGCACAGUAUUAUUGGCUGUUCCCAUCCUGUCUGCCUCAAGCGGAAAUAGGGACGCAGUGUCUCCCAGCCAGGGAUUGGUUCCCGACGGCCUCACACCAAAGAAUGAUGCAAGCUUUGGAGAACGGCUUCAGAGUGAACGCACACGUGGUUCCUUUUUGCAACGUCAACCAGAGUUGAUUCAUUCGAACUUUGCAUUUGGACUCAAUAAUUUCUUUAAAAAUACUGAGGUUGAAGAGUGGCCAGGAAAAGGGCUUCACAGGUUUCUAGAGAGGAGACUGAGGGGAGGAUCGCAAGCAGCCAACGUUUCUGAAGAACAAUUCAAGCAGAGACUCCUGCAGCCCGUGCAACGUUUCGGUCUGCUGACUGGGAGAGAAAGGCUGCAUCCAGCACACGGUUGCUUGGUGCACAGCCUGCACCGGAAGGACACUGUUGACAUCCCGGAUGCAUCAUCUGCGGCUGCGCCAUGGACCACAUCCGGUCCCAAUCUGACUCGGAAACCUCAGGGAUGCUUUGAUGUGCACCUGACACUGUCUUUCAGAGCUCUGUUUUUUGACACUGCUUGCUACACUGAACUUGAUGUUGCCAUCUCGUCUGUCUGCAUGAAAAGGGAAUGUAGCGUGCGCACAGGAGAGGCAGCGUGGAUCUCAAACUCCAAAGAUGAUGAAACAGAGCCCACACCUGGACCGACUGAGAAGGUCUGGCACCACAGUGACAAGCCGGCACCACCCGACUUGAAGGGCUCCGCAGGUCGCUACCCUGCGCGUUUUGAGGGGAGUCCUCAGCGGACAGAAAACUGGAGGAUCAGAGGAGUUUUCCCUUCCCCAGCAGCCUCAGCACAAGACGAGAUUUGUGCAAACGAGACCCAGAUGAAAGGAGCUGGGUAAUGAAGUUCAGUUCCUCCUCACCCCGGCACAAUGAUUAGUUUAUUACCUUUCAGCUCCAAGUUUUCUUUCAUGCUCUGCAGCGAAGCCCAGACUCCAGCUUCUUUUGCAGCAAGCAUGGCACUAAACUUGUCAGUAGAGGGCGCUGGAGGGACAUUGCCGAAGGAAACAGUUUCUCUCCCUGGCUCCUGAGAGCUGCCGGGUUUUGCUUCCUCCCAGAGCAGGUUUGAUCCAGCCACGCAUCCGGACUGUGCAGUCUCAGCCCAGGAGCCGCCUCUCUCUGGCCUUCCCGAUGAGGGCGCAGGUGUCCUGUUAUCCCGCAACCCUGCCAACAAAUUCCCUCCCAGACCCCCACACCCUCAGUGCCAGCCCCAAGGCCCGCUUGCACCGCAGUGGUGAUGCUCCGAGAGCUCUUGCGCAGCGCCCUUCACCGUCCUUUGGGCUCCCGGUGCGUCUUCCCUGGUGCCUGUGAAUCCUACCCUCAGGAAACUGCUCUCCACGGUGCCGCUUCCCUGGGUCCUGUCCUAAAUCCUCUCCGCUCAUGCCCCCUCAGA